GUCGCACUUUCAUCUCGCUCGCACCACACGUUCUUUGGCAAUCGUAGAAGAGACAUCGGCGUUAGCAACCACCAAGUGAGAAGAAUCGAGUCGGCGGGCGCGGCCAUAUUGAUUAAUUUGUGUUAGCCAGUGUUCAGUGUAUUUUGUGUUUGACAUAGAAAUCCCAAAUCAUCGAAAAUGGCUGAACGUGAAAAUAAUGUCUAUAAAGCCAAAUUGGCUGAACAGGCCGAGCGCUACGAUGAAAUGGUUGAUGCCAUGAAGAAGGUCGCUUCCAUGGAUUUGGAACUGACGGUGGAGGAGAGAAAUUUACUGUCGGUCGCCUAUAAGAAUGUGAUUGGUGCACGACGAGCAUCUUGGCGCAUAAUCACCUCUAUUGAACAGAAGGAGGAGAAUAAGGGCGCCGAGGAAAAGCUGGAGAUGAUUAAGAAUUACCGUGGACAGGUGGAGAAAGAACUCCGUGACAUCUGUUCGGAUAUUCUCAAUGUUUUGGAGAAGCAUCUCAUUCCCUGUGCUACAACUGGUGAGGGUAAAGUAUUUUACUAUAAAAUGAAGGGUGAUUACCAUCGCUACUUGGCGGAAUUUGCCACGGGAAGUGAUCGCAAGGAGGCUGCUGAGAAUUCUCUUGUGGCUUAUAAGGCGGCCAGUGACAUAGCAAUGACAGAUCUUCCACCAACACAUCCUAUUCGAUUGGGUCUGGCGCUGAAUUUCUCAGUAUUCUACUAUGAAAUUCUCAACUCGCCCGACCGUGCCUGCCGCCUAGCAAAAGCUGCAUUUGAUGAUGCCAUUGCGGAACUUGAUACCCUCAGCGAAGAGAGCUACAAAGAUUCAACGCUAAUAAUGCAAUUAUUAAGAGACAACCUCACACUUUGGACAUCCGAUAUGCAAGGAGACGGUGAAGGAGAGCAAAAGGAACAAAUUCAGGACGUCGAAGACCAGGACGUAUCGUAAUUUAGGUGUUUUAAUCCUAAUUAAUUAUAAUUAUAAGAUUAAUAAAAAAUAAUAAAAAAAGAAUAAAAAAUAAAUUAUUAGUAUAAGCAUUAAGUAAGUGUAAUUGUUUCAUCUUAAUAGACACAAUCCCAAAAUAAGAAGAUAAAAAAAAAUCUUAAUAUAAAUUGACAAGAAAAAAAAACAUGGUGGAAAAUAAUCAUACAGAGUAAAAAGCAAAUUAAAAUUUUUGAGUAAAAAAAAACAGCAACAACACAUCAUCAGCAUACAAUAUUUACUAUUAAAUUUAAAAAAAAAGUAAAAAAAAAUUGGAAGAGAAUGGCAGAAUAAAGGAAUAAAUGCGGAGAAAACACAUUGCAUUGCAGACUUUGUAAUAAUUGCUAUAAGGAAAAAAAUAUAAAUAUAUUACUUUGAAUUACGGCAUAAUGAAGAUAAAUAUAUAUUACUUACACAUUAUUAAAAGUUAUUUUUCAUGAAUGAAUUUGUAAAAUUAAUAGUGACAGCUUAUAAAAUAUUGAAUGAGAAUAUAAUGUUUAAAAGAAAAAUCAUCAGUCGUAGUGAAGACAAGAUAGUAAAAAAGCGCAGAAAACAAAUGAGAUAAUCAGGCAUUAAAUUUGGUAUUAUAAAUUAUUAAAAAAAAAAGUGGAUAACAUGAUGAAUAAAACAAUGGUAGAGAAUUUGGUGAAGAAAACAGAAAACAUGCAUUGCUACUAUUGUUAGGUUACAAUGAACUUAAGAAAUUAACAGUGGUAUAUGUCACAGUAUAUACUAAAUUAAAUAUAAUGUAUUGAGUAUAAAAGGUAAAAAAAAAAUCAAGUAGAAAGCAUUGCCGUCUCAAUUUUUUUUUAAUUUAUAUGUUUUUUUUUAGUUGAUAACUGUAACUUUGCAAAUAAACUUUUUAAAAGGAUAGGAAAAAAAAGAUACAAAAAGCAAACGAUGAACAGUGAACAACGUGUAGAUUAUUUGUUUAUUUCGUAACAAGUAAUUCUAAUAUUUAAAGAGAAAAAAAAGUGAAAAAUAAUGAAUGUGGAAAAUUAAUCCUAAAAACAUCAGUUCUGCAUUUCAUCUCAAUUUAAGCGGUAUUUUACAUCUAUUAUAACUUUAUAAGACCUUUUACUUUUUUUCUUUGUUCAAUUUAUACACUAACUAUCAAACACACAUUUACAGCAAAAGGGACGAAAGAUAUUUCAAUUAGAAAUAACAAAAAAAAAAGAAACAAUACAGAGAAGAAUGAAAUGGACAACAAAUAAAUUUGAGAAAAAAAAGCAAGAAAUACAUUUUUAUCUUUAAAAUGAAGUGAGAAGAAAAUGCUUUAAACACGGUACAUUGCCAGAAAAUUUAAUUGAAAACAUUUCCUAAUAUAUUUUGUGUAUGUUUUCUUGUUCAAUACUUAAGGACUUUUUUAUAAGACGAUAAUAAUACAAGAGAUAAAAAAAGGAAAAUAAUACAACUCUCAAAAGACACAAUAUAUUUCAAUGAAAUCUUUUAAGCACAAGAUCAAUUUUUACAUAGAAGAGACUUUCAGUGUAUUUUUAACUUAAGAUGAUUAUAAACGUGAAGGAUGAAAGGAAGAAGAAAAAAAAAACAAAUAGAACAAUUACCAAGAGCUUGUCGAAUUUUAAGAAAAAAAAAGUAACACUUUAAAAAAGGAUGAAAACUUAUGAUUCUAUUCUUAAGUUAUUUAAAUCUUUUUUUUUUUUUUAGAGAGAAGCAUUAUUUGAUACAAAAGUGAAUGGGAUAAUGAUGAUAAAAAUGUACCAUAAUCCUUCGGAAAUUCAUGUAUCUUUCUAUUUUACUCUUGUUUAUUCCAUCUGUUAUUUAUUUUUGUUACGAAUACGAUGGCCCCUCCGUGGUUAAAGUCAGAAGAAGAAGAUGAACAAAAAAGUUAUCAUUCCCAUUCUAUGUGGAUUGCUUGAAAAGGAGGGUGUAGAGGAGAGAGGGAGAAAAAUUUUUGGUGCAAUCCAGAAAAAGUUUGGGGCCAACGAAUCAGUAAAAUCUUCUAUAAAAGCAUGAUUUUUUCGAAGAUGACUCUGAGAAUGACUAAAUUUUAAAGUGGAUAAUAAAAAUGUAUGAUAAAUCAUUUGUUCUGUGACUUUUUUUGCUGGAUUUAUUUUCUGCAAAUUGGCUGAUUUUUUUCAUUGAUUUUUGUUUGUUUUUUAUUUUUAUUUAAUAAUUUGUCUCACUGAAACGCGAUCCUUGGAAGAAUUGCAGGAACUUCUCAAGACCAAAAAACUCAGUCUCUUAUGCAACUUCAAAUAAAUGUACACUCUCGAUAGCUGAAUUAAGCCAUCUGCAUUUAAUUUUACACUUAUUCAUGUCUGAAUUCUUUUCGAAUAAAUAUAUUUGUAAAACUUUAAAA